CCGGAAGUUGUGCAUGCUAUACUGUAGAUGAGAGCAGGUAGCUAAAGCUAUGAGCUACGCACUGACAGUCUGUGGUUGAAUUGCAGAGGUGUGUUGAUGACAAAUCUGCCAAAACUAUCUGUGAUUUUCUAAAAAAAAAAUUAAAACUCUGCGGCGAAACGGAUCUAAAUCUGAUUAAACCACAUCAAGGAGUUUGGUCAGGCCAAAGCCUAGGGAUUGGCAGGCUUCGAUUAUGGCUCUGUCAUUCCUUCUGGUCUUGGCUGCAACUGUGAUUCUGAUCAGACCCGAGACACCUGUCACUAAGGCUUUACAUCAGAACUCACUUGAGUGCUGCAGCGAGAAACAGAGAGGGAACAAUUCUUGUUCGAAUGACACCCACUGUGAACCAGGAUGCUUCUUGCGUGUCCUUGAGAACAGCAACACUGUUUGCAUAUUCUGUGACUCUGCAGCUGUGGAUUUGGAUAACAUAACAGUCUGCACCUACAACUAUACAGUGGAGAGGAAAAAUCAUACAACUGUAACUACUGUCAUUCCAAAAAUUGGAGGGCCAGGUGUGGCAGCCUCUCUUCUUCUGGGAACACUGUUGAUCAGCCUGUUCCUGAUCCUCUCUGUUGCCUCCUUUUUCUACCUAAAGCGCUCCAACAGACUCCCAAACAUCUUCUACCGCCGCAACAAAGCCUUCAUAUUCCAACCAAGUGAGACAGCUGUCAUGAUCCCCUCCUCGACAGUGAGGAAGCCAAGAUAUGUCAGAAGGGAGCGGCCCUCUGCAACCACCGUACCUACCACCUCCACCACCCAGGUUUAUAAUGUGUAGGAUGAGGAAAAGUAGGAGGAGGGAGGGAGUGCUGGUAGGAGAGUAUGCUCAGGAACGAAGUUAGGUUUUCUCCUUAUCAUGUGAAAGUUCAGGAGUGUGAAGAACACCAUAUGGCUUGUACGUAGGUAGCCAUAUUUAACUGAAGCUGCUUAUGCUGCAUUCUUGUCACUCGGGCUGUUACUAUUCCUCUAUUUUACAAGGCUGUGGGCUGUAUUGAAAAAGUCUUCUUGACACAGUCUCUAUGACUAAUUUAUGUUAAAUGUUUUUUUUUACAAAACUAGUUUCAGUAUUGCUCAGUACAUCUUAAACCUUACAGGUUGUUUUUUGUUUUUUUGACAUGCAGCACUGUGGGUUCACUCCAUUAGUUUGUACACGUUUUUACUGUUAUUAUUCCUCUGCUGUUGAAACUGUGUCAUCAGUUUACUUAUUUUGAUGAUUUCAAUAUGUGGACCCGUCUAAUUAAGAAGUGGUUAGAAAUUAAGCUUCUAAGCUAUCUUUUUAACAUAUUUUAUCUCUUCAAAAAUGUAUAUAACAACAGACUGGGGGAAAAAAAUCAUUAUACCACUUGGUACGGGUCUGACUACUUUGUGAAUUAUUGCUUUUCCACUUUGGUUUUGGGAUUUAUCGAACAAUAUCAAAGUUGUGAUUGGAGAGCUUAGAGGUGCUGGUGAGCAGAUCUGUUACCUUGAGACAAAGUCUGUAUGCUAAGCUACGCUAAACGGCUGCUGUCUAUAGCCAUAUUUUUAACAGAUCUGACAGUGGUAUUGAUUUUCUUAUCCAACUCAAUGCAAGAAGGCGGAUAAGCUUAUUUUCUAUAAUGUCCAACUACUCCUUUUUAAAGCCAAGAACUAUAAAGUCAGUGACCAAGCGACAGAACUUUUUUAGCGGGGGAAAAGUGACAGCCAAGUGACAUUUUAUCUUUGCUAAAUAGAAUGUUAUUUGCAUGUGUGAUAUUUAUUUACAUUUUGUAACGUCCACUAAGUUUUACUUAAUACAAUCAGACCAACAGAAUAUAUGACGUGUCAAAUAGCGGGGUAUUUUAGAGAGAGUUACUAAAGGCACUGUAUGGAUGGUUGUGUUAUUGCUUUUGUGUUUUACUAUUGCAUUUAAAUUUAUUGAUUUUGUGAGCUUAAUCAAGGUGAAUGUAUUACUCAUGUACAACGGAUCGUCACCUCAUGAAUUGUGUUCCACAACAGACCCAGUCAAACAUGAAUGAGGUGAAGAACUUAAAGUUCAUAUUUUUACAUAGGAAGGACUAUACUCGCACAUUUAAAAUGCAUAUUUUUGUUCCUAAAGUAUAUUUAAAUUCCAAUAGAUCGCUUCCUUGAAAAUAUAAAAUUACUGAAUCCUUGUGCACUUUAUUUGUCUGAGGUAAACAUUUUUUUAAAAAUCAUACAACUAGUUUCCACCAAGUGUGAUUGUGAUUUUGUUGUUGUAUGAAUGGCAACAUAUGGUUGCAUUUAGAUUUUUACUUGACUUCUAUUCACUUUUUGCCAAAUGUUGUCUGAAGAAAACUUGUGUGCCAUUACUGUGAUUACUGUGCCAUUAUCAGCUUUAAAACAGCAGGAAACAUUUAAUAAUGAUGUGAGGAAUAAUUGGGUGUUUAAAUUAUAUCCAGUGGCCUUUACUGUACUCUAUCCUAAAACGAGGCUAAAUAUCUAAGUUUUAUUUGCUAUUUAUCUACAUAAAUGUUUGUAUGUUGACAACACUAAAUCAACAUGACGUGAACCAGAUAACAGGCAGCAAUCAUUCCAUGAAUAUUCCCAUUUUUGCUUGAUUUGUUUGCCUUACAGACAAACAUAUGCUAAAAACAUGUACAUAUUGUUUUAUACAAAUACUGUAUUGCUUUUGUAAUGAGGUAAUGUACAUAUUCUAGUUUCGAUGCCCUGCAGAAUGAUUUAUGUAAUGUUUGGAGAAAUAAAGCACCUUUCCAUUA